CAAACACAUUCCAAAACAAAACAGGAUAGUUUUUAGGAAACUUUAAGUGUUUGGUAAUUUUGUGCUUUAGUUGCUUUCCCAUUUGGAUUUGCGCUUUGUUUUUCCUUUGUUAACUAGAUUUUCCUUAUGCUUCCUGGUUGAAUCAGGAUUUCCGAUUCAUAGUAGUACCUAUAUAUAUUACGCCUAGCUUAAUUAGAUUUGUGUGUGAUUCCAUUGAAACUUUGAGGCACAGCCUUCGCGAUAACAGAUGGCUGGAAAAAUGAUGCAUGCAGCUGGGUUUAUAAUUAUAACAAUUCUCCUCGCUGGUAGUACCCCCGCCGUUGCCAACGAUUCGACACCAAUACCUGCCGAUGGUUCCCAAGUCGGCAGCUGGUUCGAUAACAACGUGAAGCCGUUAACAGAACGCAAGGGCACGCCUGAUGCCGCCAUUGUGACGGCUGAGGAGGGGCCAAAACUCAUCAAGGUCAUGAAAGAUGGAAGUGGAAACUUCAAAACCCUCACGGAGGCCAUUAACAGCAUCCCUGAGAGGAACACCAAGCGUGUGGUUGUGUACAUUGGAGGUGGAGUGUACAACGAGAAAAUCAAAAUUCCACAAAAUAAACCAUUUGUAACGUUGUAUGGAUCGCCAAACAAUAUGCCAAACUUGACGUUUGAUGGCACGGCUCAGAAGUAUGGUACUGUCUAUAGUGGCACAUUGAUUGUGGAAUCUGAUUAUUUUAGGGCUGCUAACAUUAUCGUGAAAAAUUCGGCGCCGGAGCCAGAUGGGAUAAGGCCAGAUGCGCAGGCAGUUGCAUUGCAUAUCUCCGGGGACAAGGCAUCCUUCUACAAUUGCAAAUUUUUUGGAUUUCAGGACACUCUUUAUGAUUACAAGGGCUUGCAUUUCUUCAAGGACUGCUACCUUCAAGGCACCGUAGAUUUCAUCUUUGGAAAAGGAAAAUCUCUCUACUUGAACACUGAGAUACGUGUCCCAGAACGGAAUAUGACCGUAAUAACGGCACAACAAAGAGAGAGUGCUUCGGAGGAUAAUGAAUUUUCAUUUGUGCACUGCAAAAUAACUGGCACUACAUGUGUGGGGGGUACAUACUUGGGCAGGGCUUGGGGGAGCAGCCCCACCAUGGUGUUUGCCUACACCGACAUGGCCAACGUUGUCCAUCCGGAACGAUGGAGCAACUUUGGCCACCCUGAACGUUCCAACAAUAUGUUCUAUGGAGAGUUUCAGAAUUCAGGCCCAGGGUCAAAUAUAAGCAGGAAAGUAUGCUACACCAAAAAGCUAAGCGAUGCAAAAGCCAAAUCUUUCAUCAACCUUGGCUAUAUUCAGGGUUCCAAAUGGUUUCUUCCUCAUUCAAAUAUAGGAUCCAAACUAUAUAGUAUUGUUUAAGAAUAUAGGAAAUAUAUAUAGAGAGUUUCCCUUUUUCUUUUCCUUUUUUGGUCAAAUAGUUUCCUUAUUUAUUAGGUGAGAUUGAGCAAGCCUCAUACACAUAUGCAUGGUUCAUGCAAAGACCGCUGCCAAUCCUAUACAUACAAUACAUGUACAUCUUAUUCUUAUACACGAAUUUUCAUACGGAAUAGAAAAAAAAAAACUCAU